UGUCCAAGUACAGCGGUUGUGGCAGCCGAAGACGAGAAUUUAUAACACCAGUGUACGGAACCGAAGAGGCGGAUAAGACAGUGUGUCGCCGGUUGUUGUUAUCGCCUCAUCGUACGGUAACGUAGUGAUGCGAUGUGAGAGACCCGGUGAGGCUUGUACAGCGCCGUUUCACCGGUUACACCGACAGAGGACUUGCCAGCCGCAAAGACUUCACUGACUUCAGAUAAAAAAAACAACAACCCUGCGAUGUUUUUACAUCUCCCAGUGUCCUGAGAACUGCAGACUUCAACCAAAAGCAAUAGCACUUCAUUGAGCUACCACUGGGAGUCACAAAUAUAUAUAGGCUUCAAACUCCAGCUCAGCAAACAGACAUCAUGUCUUCCAGGGAGCGUCGGUCCGAUGUCUACAUAAAGGCAGAACCAAGCAGUCCAGAGGGAGGUGGGGGGGGUCGAACCAGCCCCGGCGGAGCUUCCUCAGACUCCUCUCAAAGUGGAGGUGGAGGAACCAGAGGAGACGGGGCUAAACGUUACUCCCCGCCACUCUACACACCAGCUCUACGUUGCCACUUCAAAGACGAGGGUGGCGACGGGGCAGAGGAAGGCUCCACUGGAAAUGGAGCAGGGCGAUGCAAGUACGCCCUCAGCACACUGCCCAAGAGGCUGUGUUUAGUAUGUGGGGAUGUAGCCUCGGGUUACCACUACGGCGUGGCGUCAUGUGAGGCCUGCAAAGCGUUCUUCAAGAGAACCAUCCAAGGUGUGUUUUGUGGUAACAUUGAAUACAGCUGUCCAGCAUCGAAUGAGUGUGAGAUCACCAAGAGGCGCAGAAAGGCUUGUCAGGCAUGCCGGUUCACCAAGUGCCUCAAAGUAGGCAUGCUGAAAGAGGGAGUUCGUCUCGACAGGGUGAGGGGUGGAAGACAGAAGUACAAAAGGCGUCCAGAAGUAGAGAAUGCCACAUACCAGAGUGCCCCUCUACCACUGACAAAGGAGAGUGAAAAAGGUUCCUCCAACAUCAUUGUGUCCCACCUUCUAGUGGCAGAGCCAGAAAAGUUAUUUGCCAUGCCUGACCCGCUGCAGCCCGACACAGCCCAGCGCACGCUCACCACCCUUUGUGACCUUGCUGACCGUGAACUGGUCGUCAUCAUUGGCUGGGCCAAACACAUUCCUGGCUUCCUGUCACUGUCCCUAGCAGACCAGAUGUCCGUGCUGCAGUCAGUGUGGCUGGAGGUGCUGGUGCUGGGUGUGGCGUACCGCUCGCUUGGCUGCGAGGAUGAGGUGGUGUUCGCAGAGGAUUUUGUCCUUGAUGAGGAGAUGUCACGUGUUGCUGGACUGACAGAGCUAAAUGCAGCAAUUAGUCAACUUGCUCGCCGUUUUCGUGCACUAAAUGUGGACCGGGAGGAAUUUGUCAUGCUAAAAGCCAUCGCACUCACUAACUCAGACUCUGUUUACAUCGAGGAUAUGGAGGCUGUGCAGAAGCUGCGGGACCUCCUCCACCAGGCCCUGCUGGAGCUGGAAUGUCAGCGGCGCCCAGACGACCCCCAGCGGGCAGGACGCCUACUUUUAACGUUGCCUCUCCUCCGACAGACUGCUGGUCGUGCUCUCACCACCUUCUACAGCAUCAAGACGCGGGGUGGUGUACCCAUGCACAAACUAUUCCUGGAGAUGCUGGAAGCCAUGAUGGACUCUCCCUAGAGCGGACAGCAGCAGAAGUACAGAGGAUGCAGAGAAAGACCCAACGGAGACCUAGUCUUCAAGAGUGGACGAGUGAUUUGUGAGAAAUGAAAGAUUUUAUUAGAGAAAUAAUAAUGAGGAAAAUGGUCCUUUUUCCCCGGGAUACUCAAAGAAAGGAAAAGAAAAGAAAAACCUUAUUCAUGUAUUCAUGUUCCUAAGUGGGAAUUGGUUAUUUACAGUAAGAUGUAACUGCCAAACUGGUUUCGAGAUCCAAGAGUGAAAACAUAUAACAUGAAUGCCAGAAAACUUCUCAGUUUCAACUAUUUUCAUGGCGUGUUCCAUCACAGCAUCGACCUGCAGUUGCAUAACCACUGAAGAACAACAUUUAGGUACCCUAGAACAGACUGCAGUCAUGUGGCUUUUGAACUUUUUAAAAAUAAUGCAACAUCUACUCAUGAAAGCCAUAAUAACAUAUCUGGUGAAAGGCUUGAGGGUCCAGUAUAGGGUCAGAUUGACAUGCACAUGGAGUGCUUGUAUUUACUAUAGUUUAGUGUGCCGUUAUAGGCAAAUUCAUAGGAAUUACUUGCAAUAUGUUAAAAGCAAUAUAAUGACUCGAUUAUUGUCUGUCACAUUUAAAAUGUGGUAAAAAUGGUGAGACAUCUAGUUGUGUAUGUAUAUCAGUAGUUCUUCACUCUCAGGACCCCAAGUGUUGAUUUUAUAAACUUCUAGCUUCGAGUAGAGACUGGUUUGGGUCGGGGAGUCCAGGUGAGUAGGUUUAACGUCUGGUAAGAGAGAGAACACUUUCGGGGUCAAAUAGUGGAGUUGGGAACCACUGGUGUACAUAAUAGGUGCAGGAUUCUUUAUACAAAGGUUGUGCAAUGGAUUUGUAGUGGAGGAGAAGUGCAUAUGAAGAUUGUGUGCUCAUAAAAUGCUCUACUUGGAAGGUAAUAUAUUCAGUGUUGUCUGUAAAUCCUAUUGGCACACAAAAAACUGGCUUUCAUACAAGCAAGCGUGUGCGUUCGUGUGCAGUCUAAACAAAUGAGCUACACUGAGAUCAGGGAAGAACACAAGUCUUUGACAUUAAAGCCAGUGUGGCAACAACUGUAGUUAGAAAAGAAAUGAAUAUGCCUCAUCUGCUUUUUUAUACUAUCCUCUCCACUAGAUCUAAUCACUAUUUUUGACUUCAGCAGCUGUGCUGUCCAGGAAUAAUGGUCUGACCUAUUUGAUUUGUGGGCUAAAAUGUCUAACACUAACCCAUAUGAUUGUUAGGUGUACGAUGCGUUUUUGCUGCAUUUUCUGCAGUAGUGAAGAAGGUUGCAUAGAAGGUCUCGAUUGUUUCAAUGUGAGAUCCCUCCUUUAUGUAUGUACGUCUGUUGAACUUGAACUUGUAAGUGGCCGUAAUGGGCUCAGGACAACAAGAAAUGCAACAUAUGCAACAUCUUCCUUUUGGAUGUUGAACCUUGUCUGACGACAUCCUGAAGUCCUACUCAUUGUUCAGCAGGUUUGUAUACUAACAAUAGAAAUGAUCGUUGUAGGAAGCUUCACAUGCAAGGCUACAGUAUCCGAUGUCAACAUCAGAUGAGUAAAUAUAAUAUUUGGUGGUCAAAGGGCCAUUAAUCUUUUAGCCAUGUACAGUUCCAUUUAAAUAAACAGAAACAUGCAAUUUAUAGUGGAAGAUAAUAAAGCCAGCAAAUGUGAUACAAAUUCCCCAUUACAAUUCUAUUUGUGCAGCUUACAGUGUUCUAAAAUUUGUAAAGACUUGAAACUUGCUUUUUCAUACAUUUUCCUUUCUAGGAUCUAAGGGUAUUUUAUUUACAUUGUGACACUGUUGUGGGUUUGGUAUUGAAAUGAAGCUUUCCAUUCAGGAUAUUCUGAAUAUUAAUUGUUUUUGUUUUUUUAUGUAAGCAGUGGUGUGUUUUCUGAAGCUGAUUGUCAUUUUAGGGAUCAAUUUACAUGGCUCUAUAGAUUUAGCAGCAUGGUGAGGCUACAGAGGGCUAACUCAGAAGGCAGAGUAAGCCAGAUGGCCAAAUAACUGUGGAGACAAAUGUAAUUGUUGAUCUUUUGAUUUGUCAAUUUGAAUAUUGGGUUUAUUGAAUGUCUUGCAGUUGCGCAAACACCUGAGAUCAUUUUUUCCCUUUGUUUUCAUAACUUUAAGGUGUAUAUGGCUCAUUAAUCAUGCUUUAUAAGAUGCCCCACUGUGUCUCACAGUCGGGGGCAAGCCUACAGUUGGUAUGCUUUCACAGGAAUAAUGGUGCAGUACGAAAACGCUGGAGGUCAUUUAUGGCAGAUCAAAUUGAAAACGGUUCACUUGUAACACGCAGGUUUUGUGUUGGCAACAGCUAUCACUGUGGAGCAGGGACUGAUGUCUCGGGACUCUCUGAUUCACCUGUUUGAUGAUUCAUAGGUUACAACUUACAUAUUACUGUCAUCUAAAAAUGGGUUUUUUUUUGGCCUCUGAUUUGUUUACUAACCUAAUGUCUCAAAUAGUAAUCAGAAUUCUGAAGCAAACAAAUAUAGAUGCCUGGGUCGAAUUAGAGCUGUUAAAAGACUCCUCAUAGUAACUUGGUCAUUUACACAAAGGUAGAUUUUUCAUUAGCAUACAGAUGUUUUAGGUACGGUGGGUUAAGGUGAAGGCAAGGUCAUUUGCAGUGUCACUGUUAGAAUAAUACACUCAUUUGUAGUUUUAUUAAAUAUGUGCGCAUUAAUAUAAAUGAGCAAUACAAUAAAUUACCAAACCUCACAUUUCCUUGUAUAGCCACAGUGUACAUUUAACAUUGCCAGUUAUAAUGAAAAAUAGCAACUAAACGUUAUAUUAUUUAGAAGUUCAAAUCAAUGUUUGUAUUUUGAAAGACUAUUUAAAUGAUUAAAUUCUAUUUUUUACUCAAUUUACCGUUGUUUGUUGACACUGCUUUAUUUUUGUGUGUGAUAUUGGCUGUGAAUUUCUGUGUCUAGGCUAUUUUUUGUUUUAAUUAGAACAGUUUGAUGUCCUUGUCUAAACAUGUCCACAUAAAAAUCACUGUGAAAAAAGUGAGAUCUUCCACUGUCUGACGCAACAGGGAGUGGAUUAUUGUAGGUGCUUUGUGUUGUGUAAUAAAUGGACACACCACCACCACA